AUGGAGAUCGAGAAGUUGGCCGGAAUCGAACAUGUGGAGGAGGAAGCUGGCUCACGCAGGCCCCAUCCCCAGCCUGCGAGCCACCGGGACCUCAUUGCCAGCAGUGAGGCCCAGGCGGCCCUCGAUAAGGAACACAGCAUGACACUGUGGCAGGCACUGAAGAUCUACCCCAAGGCCGUGGGUUGGUCAAUUCUCCUUUCGUGUGCCAUCAUUAUGGAGGGCUACGAUGUCGUCCUGAUCGGUUCUUUCUUCGCCUACCCCCAAUUCAACCAGAAGUACGGCCAUAUCAUGUCGGACGGAAACUACGGUCUCGCUGCCAAGUGGCAAGCGGCCUUGACCAACGCGAUGAGCUGCGGUCAGAUUAUCGGCCUGUUCAUCAACGGCAUCGUCUCGGAACGCUUCGGGUACCGGCGGACCCUCAUGGCUUGCUUGGCCGCGACGGUCGGCUUUGUUUUUAUUUUGUUCUUUGCGCCAAACAUACAGACCCUCGUUGCCGGCGAGCUGCUCAUGGGUAUCCCCCUCGGCGUGUACCAGACCCUCACCGUCACCUAUGCAUCGGAAGUAUGUCCCGUCGCUAUUCGAGGCUAUCUCACCACCUACGUGAACCUGUGCUGGGUCCUAGGUCAACUGAUUGCCUCCGGUGUCCUGAAGGGGCUAGAGGAGCGCACGGACGAGUGGGCCUACCGCAUCCCGUUCGCCAUCCAAUGGGUCUGGCCCGUCCCCAUCUUCAUCGGCGUCUUCUUCGCCCCAGAGAGCCCCUGGUGGCUCAUCCGCAGAGACCGCCGGGACGACGCCGUCAAAGCGCUCAACCGGCUGGCCAUAACCGGACAUCCGGACUUCAACGCCGAGGAGACUGCGUCGAUGAUUGUCUACACCAACGCGCUGGAGAAACAGGUCGAGACAGGCACAUCCUACGUGGACUGCUUCCGAGGAUGCGACCUGCGCCGCACCGAGAUCUCCUGUCUCGUCUGGGCUGCGCAGAGUCUCUGCGGCGGCGGGCUCAUGGGCUACUCGACCUUCUUCUAUCGGCGUGCUGGCCUCGCCGUCUCCCAGUCCUUCACCAUGUCGCUCGUCCAGUACGCCAUCGGCGUGGUGGGGACCUUUCUCUCCUGGGUGUUGAUGACCUACUUCGGUCGUCGCACGUUAUAUGUCGGCGGACUGGCUCUGCUGGCCAUCGUGCUCUUCGUCAUCGGCUUCAUCUCCAUUCCUCACUCCACCCCCGCCCUCUCCUGGGCCACCGGAUCCAUGCUCCUCGUCUACACCUUCAUCUACGAUUCAACCAUCGGCCCGGUCUGCUUCUCUCUCGUCUCCGAAAUCCCCUCUUCCAGACUCCGCACCAAGACUGUGGUGCUAGCUCGUAACCUGUACAACGUGAUCAAUCUGGUCUCGGGAAUCAUCAUCCCGUACAUGCUCAACGUGGAUGCAUGGAACUGGAGAGGCAAGUCGGGGUACUUCUGGGGCUCGCUCUGCACCUGCUGUUUGAUCUGGGCGUUCUUCCGCAUCCCCGAGCCCAAGGGUCGGUCCUAUGCCGAGUUGGAUAUUCUGUUUGAGCGUAGAGUCCGCACCAGGGAGUUUGCAACUGCCGAGACGGGCUUGGUGGAGAGAAGAAGCGAUCACAAGGUUGAUCCGCUCGCUGUUAGCGUUUGA